UUUACACUCCAUGCACACAUUUUAAGUAUUUCUGGUGAUAUCCCAGCACUUUCCAAAGUAAUGUAUACAACAGGACAUAAUUCAUAUAAAGCAUGCCGAUUUUGCUCUAUUCGUGGAAUAUAUUGUCAAGGAAAUCGACAUGUAUAUUUUCCACUUAAACCUCCAAUGAAUAUGUCAGGAUGUCAGUAUAAUUCUGAAAACCUUCCGCUGAGAACACAUGAAGAUUAUAUACGUGAUGUUACUGUUGUAAAAAAUGCAUCUGGAUCAUCACGUAAACGUGAAAUACAAGAUCGAGGGGUAAAUGGCCGCAGCAUCUUAUUUGAAUUAAACUCAAUUAGAUUUCCUGUAUCUUUUCCUGUUGAUAUUAUGCAUGGGUUGUUUGAAAAUGUUGCACCAGCAAUGCUUCGGCAUUGGUCUGGCAUUUUUUUCAAAGAUGAUCAAGACUUUGAUUCUAAUUAUAUCAUUCCUAAUAAAGAUUGGACAGAAAUAGGAAAAACAAUGGAAAAAAAUCGAAAAAAUAUGCCAUUUGAUUUUGGUCGUCCACCUAUUAAUAUUCAGCAACAUUCAGCUGGAUUUAAGGCAGAAGACUGGAUGAAUUGGGUGGUAUUAUAUUCACUUCCACUUUUACAAAGCUAUCUUCCAGAAAGGCAUUUAAAUGGAUGGGCAAAAUUCGUACAUGCAACAAAGCUUUGCCUUAAACAUAUUAUCAGUAUGGAAGAAUUAACAGAAAUUAGAAGGUUAUUUUGUGAAUUUAUCACGUAUUAUGAAAAGUACUGUAUGCUUUCAUAUCCAUUUAUCCGUAACUUUGACAUUAAAUUAUAUAUUUAA